AUGCAAUGGCUUCUCCCGCCGCUGCUCCUCAUCGUCGCAACAGUCGCCGGGCUGUCGCACUGGAGCCUGUCGCACGACAAGAGCGACGUCGCGGUUCUCAACGGCAUGUCAUUGCUCAAAGCGUCGCAGAAAAUCGCGGAUUUGUGGAAAGCGAGCGGCGAGACCGGGGAAUUGAGCGGGUAUCUCACAGAUGGUAGCAAAGACGCGUAUAUCGGGGGCGGCGGGAGGGCGGGCGAUGUGGAUCCGUGGAGGUGCGCGGACGGCAAUGGGUUGAACGAAUGCGCCGGUGCUGCUGCGGUGAUGCUGGCAGAGGUGUGUGCUGUGGCGCGCGCUGUGCUGUGGCGCGCGUUGUGCUGUGGCGCGCGCUGUGCUGUGGGCGCGCUGGCGGAGCGCGUGCACGCGUUGUGCGCGGCGUACGCGCUGACGGCGCUUACCGGCGCGCCCAUCCUCGCCCUCUGGCCCGCCGACCGCCACCUGCCCGCCACCACCUUCCGCCACCUCUUCUCCGCCCCCCCCGCGCCCAACAGCAGCAGGAGCAGCAGCAGCAGCGGAGGGGAGGGGGCGGAGGGGUGGGGAGUGAGCGGGGGGAAGGGCGGGGUGUGGGUGCGCGACCUGCCCAUGCGCAGUGACGCGCUGAAGUCGCGACUGGCCGCCUCGCCACGGCAGCAGGUGGUGCUGCGGCGGUGCAAAGCGGGCAGAUCGCCCUCACACGACCUGCCUCCUCCCCUGCACCUCUUCCUCGCGCCCCACUCCGCCGCUGCUGCUGAACCUCACACCCCGUACGCACCACCAGCACAUGCACCCGCAGCAGCAGGGGCGGCGGAGGGCGAGGGAGAGGGAGCGAGUCUGUUCCCGGGUGGGCAGGGUGAAGGCGCGGGGGGGGCGAGGGUGGGGCAAGUGAGAGUGGAGGUGGAGGUGGACUGGUGUGAGUAUGAGCGGCGGGUGGAGGAGUGUCUAGGCGCCCUGGAGCCAUCCCCGUUUGUGGCGGCGCUGGUUCUCAAGGAGGACGUGCACCGCCUCGUUAACUCCACCGCAUUCUAUGUUGAUCCGCUGGGCCCUUCAGGCUGCCCCGGGUGCAGCGAGGAGUCGGAGUAUUCACCCCCCAUGUGCGCCAUGCGCCGCAUCGCCAUGACCUACCUGGCCGACCGUGCCGUCUCCUUCACCCUCGCCGCCCACUCGCCCGCCCACGUGCCGCACAUCAUGGACUACUUCCCCCCCGCCCGCUCCCCGGCCCUGCUCCAUGCCACCCAAUCGCGCGCCGCCACGUGUCAGCUGGAGGAGGAGGUUGAGGUGGAGGAGGGAGAGGGAGGGGAGAAGGGGAUGAGGGGUGGGGAGGAGGAUGUGGUGGGGGGAGAGGUGUUGAAGGAAAGGGAGGGGAUGGGGCAGGAGGGGGAGAGGAGGGAAGGGGAAGGGUUGCGGAGGAGAGGGAGAAGAGUGGUUCGGAGAUUGGAGGUGUCGGAUGAGACUCUGAUGCGGUGCCAUCAACUGCAGGUGGGUUCAAUGCGGUGCCAUCAGCUGCAGGUGGGUUCAAUGCGGUGCCAUCAACUGCAGGUCUCGGAGCUCUUCUCUCUGAGCCUAGCAGCCGGCCUGGUGGCGGUGAACAGCAGCGCGGUGGAGGCGCGCUUCAUUGCCGCCCAGGCCGCCCGCCGCUCGCCCUCCUUCCGCCUGCACCUGUCUGUGUGCGGGCGGUGGGAGAUUCGUCCAAUCACGAAGCAGAACUGGUCCAUGUUCACCAUGGUGGAAGAGAAGCUCAAGCUGUUCAUCUGCACGGUACCCAAGGUAGCGGCCAACUCGUGGCUCAUGUGGCUGCGCGCCAUGCUGGGGCAGCCGCACCCCGAGGACCCGCUGCUGGCGCUGGACGAGGACAGGGCGGGCUGGCACAUGCUGCACGUGCACUUCACAGAGAAGCAGGCCGUGCGCGCAAUGACGCGGCCGGACCUGUUCCGCGUGACGUUCGUGCGCAACCCCUUCUCACGAGUGCUCUCGGCGUACAACAACAAGCUCGUCGUCACCGACUCGCCCAACAACAAGACCGGCCCGGGGUCAAGAGAGUACUGGAAUAACGCGUUUUUCGAGCGGGUUUGGCCACAGUGGGAGGCAGUGAAGGGCAAGGACGACCUGGUGUCGCUCCACGACUUUGUGAAGCUCGUGGGCCUCGUCUUCAGAAAGGGACGCUGGCUCAUGGACCGGCACAUCGGCCUGCAGAGGGACGUGUGCGCACUGGGGCACAUAAAGUACGACUUUGUGGGGCGGUUUGAGAGUCUGGAGGAGGAUGCCAAGUAUGUGGUGAACCGAUUCGGAGGCGACCAUCUCGACAUCUUCAACUUCGGCGUCAACGCACACCAGACCCGCUCGGAUGAGAAGCUCGUGAAGAUGUAUGACAAGGAAACAUACGAGAGGGUGAAGAAGAUCUAUGCACUGGACCUACAAAUUCCCUUCAACAACAUAUCUCACUCCAUCCCUAAGCCUCUGUUUGACCGCUUCGAGCCGAAAAAAGAUUGA